AUUAGUCAUUUGAUGCCAUUUUUCUGCACUUACUUUUAAUCAGUGAUCAUUAAUAAGAGAGAAUUUUGUGAUAAACGUUCAACAAUAUUAAAAUAAUAUCAAUUAAAAUUAUCUGUCAUAAAUAAGCUUAUAACUAUAAGUUAAGAUGAAGUUAUUUAUUUUAUUCACGUUUUAUUUAAUGAUUAUCAAAGAAACCUCACAGAUGGAUUGUAUUAUGAUGCUACGAGACGAACCUAAUUUUGAUCAUGCAGUAGAAAUGUUGCAGAAUUGUAUUAGGCUAUGUCAAAACGUUCCAGGUAUUAUUCAAGGAAAUUUAACGGACAUUAAUUUUCUUAAGAAUACCGUAAAAGGUUUUCCAAAGCAGUAUAGAUGUCUAGUAAAAAGUAACGAAUCCGUUAGUCAAGAAUUGGUAAAAAAGCUUUGUGGCGACCAUAUAACUAACCAAGGGUUUAAGGAAAGUAUGCAAAAAUGCGUAAAAAUAUUUCAUACAACAUUAAUACCAAAGAGGUCAAAUCCCUAAUUGUGAUGCGGCUGAAGCGUUUUUGGACUUCUCGGACGUUUUAGAAAAAAUUAUACUAUAAUAACUCUAUGUUUAAAAAUUGUGUGACACAACGUCUAUUAUAAUGGGAACCAAAAAAGUUAAAAAAUAAUAAUCUUAUAAUCUUAUAAAUAUAUACUAUUCCUACAUUAUUUUUUCAAUUUCUAUAUAUUUUUAAUGACAUAUAACUAAUAAAUAUACUAAUAUACAGAAAAUUUUAA